AUGAGCGAGAGUGCAACGCGUGGACCGGACGCCUCCCAGUCUGACCACCAGGAGGAGCCCCAGCACCGUGGUGGACCUGGGCGGCGGUCGAUACGGCGUCUUCAUCACCUCCAAACACCUGCAGGCCUCGGACCCGACAGCCCCGCGGAGGAGCUGGAGUUCUCCAUCACCAGACCGCCUCACUUCGGAUACCUGGAGAACGCUGUCACAGGAGCGUACAUUAAAGGUCGUUUCACGCAGCGGGACGUGGACCAGCGUGCCGUCGUGUUCGUCCUCCCCGUCGAUAUGGAGGUGACGGCCGACAGCUUCGAGUUCCGCCUCAUUGACCCGGCAGGAAACAUGGCGCUGCCCGAGAUACUGGACCUGUCCUGGUCUCGGGUGGAGUUGUCGGUGACCUGCUACCGAACCUGUGAGACGGCGGGGACGCUUCAGAUCCAAAUCCAACGCAGCGGAAAGAGCGUCGACCCGGCGUACAUAGCUAUCCAGGUGGAGGAGGGAUCGGCCAAACCCGGCAGAGAUUUCACCCACAGCACAGCCGCUCUCAUCCAGUUUGACCCAGGAGUCAGCGUGAAAACCUGGAACAUCUACCUGAUAGACGACGGUCUGGAGGAAAAUCACGAGACUUUCACUGUCACCCUGAAAAAUCCGAAAAACGCCGUCCUGGGACAGAGGACCUCCGCCAGGGUUGAGAUCAUCGACCCAGAGGAGAUAUCGAUGUUCAGAACAGGACGAGCUAAGGUUUGA